UUUAACAACGUAAAAUACUUAGGCAAAAUAAGAGGAACACACGCAAAAGUUAGACCAACACAACCCAUCUUGUAUUUCACAACAACGUUUACAAGAAAUUUUUACAAACACACCAACACAACCCAUCUUGUAUUUCACAACAACGUUUACAAGAAAUUUUUACAAACACCUGGCGUGCAGAACAUCUAAGAGUGAUUCUGUGACUAAUUGAAAACUCUCUUCUCUUUAGUCUCGGCCUAGCCCGUUGGUACAUUAGCAAGUCAAAAAGGUCUUUAAGCAGUGAGAUGGAGAAUAUAAAGCACCAAAGUGUAGUUGUCAACGGCAUAAAUAUGCACGUAGCUGAGGUUGGUGAAGGCCCAGCGGUGUUACUCUUACAUGGCUUCCCGGAGCUUUGGUACUCCUGGCGCCACCAGAUGCUGUAUCUUGCCUCCAAAGGCUACCGAGCUAUUGCCCCCGAUCUCCGAGGCUACGGCGACUCUGACGCGCCGCCGGGUCCCAGCAGCUACAUGGCCUUCCAUGUUGUCGGAGAUCUUGUGGCCCUUUUGAACAGUCUGGGUCUAGAUAAGGUGUUCUUGGUGGGCCACGACUGGGGUUCUCUCAUAGCAUGGCACUUGUGCUUGUUCCGACCGGAUCGAAUCAAGGCCCUGGUCAACAUGAGUUGUGUGUACCACUAUUUCGACCCCAAAAAUCCAUCCAAAAAGCCCCUAGAGGAGAUGCGCGAGACUUUUGGUGAUGACUACUAUGUCUGCAGAUUUCAGGCAACGGGAGAGGUGGAAGAGGAGUUUGCCGGCGUCGACACUGCCGAGCUUGUGAAGGCAUUUUUUUCAAAUCGUGAUACACGUCCACCCUGUAUUCCUAGAGGUGGUUUUCAGUAUUUUGCUCAUCAAAAUCCCAACCCAUUGCCCGAAUGGCUGACACAGGAAGACCUGAAUUACUAUGCCACUAAAUUCAAGAAGACAGGUUUCAGCGGAGGAUUCAACUUCUAUCGCUGUAUAGAUCUAAACUGGGAGCUUUCAGCACCAUGGAGAGAAGCGCAAAUUCAAGUUCCUGUUAAGUUUGUGGUGGGCGAUCUCGACUUAACUUAUCAUAUACCGGGCAUCCAAGAUUACAUACACAAUGGAGGAUUCAAGAAAGAUGUUCCUGACUUGCAAGAAGUGAUUGUGAUACCAGGAGCUGCCCACUUUAUCAACCAGGAAAAGGCAGACGAGUGCAGCAUCCACAUUUAUGAUUUCAUCAGCAAGUUCUAGUUUCUACAGCAAUUAUCUGCUCCUAUUUCCUGCUUUCUAACUCCAAAUAAAGGGUUCCUCCGUAAGCCUUCAUUUUAGGAUGGAGUUCCCAAAAGUUUGAAUUCAUGAACCUAAUGGAAGGAUUUCUGUUUGUUAAUUCUAUGCUUUUCAUCAAGUAUUCAUGCCGCUUUAGAAGUUUUUGA